CUUGUGUGCGUGUCUCUUUAAGAAACAGUCUCCUGUUGCAUGAGGGUCUGGUGUUUUUCCACUCUCCGAUAUUACACGCGCUCCCCAUAUAAGACACGGAGGUGAAGGGAGGGCGUGAAUAUAAUCUUUGUUGCCUCGUCAAACGCAUGUCGCAGAAGAAAUAACGAGAACGAGAGAAGUAUUGAGCAAUAAAUCCAAUUGACAGUUUAAACAGGUCCAUUAUGCCGAACCUCAGUCACCACCAGCUUCCCCAUCCUGACAUGGCGCAGAAGGAGAAGCUGCAGUGUCUGAAGGAUUUCCAUAAGGACACCCUGAAACCGUCUCCGGGGAAGAGCCCAGGCACGCGGCCAGAGGACGAGGCCGAGGGGAAACCUCCGCAGCGGGAGAAGUGGGCGAGCAAGCUGGACUUUCUGCUCUCUGUGGCUGGGGGCUUUGUGGGUUUGGGCAACGUCUGGCGUUUCCCAUACCUCUGCUACAAGAACGGCGGAGGUGCAUUUCUCAUCCCCUAUUUCAUCUUCCUGUUUGGUGGAGGGCUUCCUGUGUUCUUUCUGGAGGUGGCACUGGGCCAGUUCACCUCUGAAGGAGGAAUCACCUGCUGGGAGAAACUCUGUCCUAUCUUCACUGGAAUCGGCUAUGCGUCCAUUGUGAUUGUGUCCUUGCUAAAUAUCUACUACAUUGUGAUCCUGGCAUGGGGGCUCUACUACCUGCUGCAGUGUUUCCAGAGGGAGCUGCCAUGGGCACGCUGUCAGCAUGGCUGGAACACACCCCACUGUGUGGAGGACAUUGCACGCAAGAACAGAACCCUGUGGCUCUCUGCCAACGCCACCAACUUCACCUCACCCGUUACCGAGUUUUGGGAGCGUAACGUCCUGAGUCUGUCCUCAGGCAUUGACGAGGUGGGCGAGUUGAAGUGGGAGCUGGCCCUCUGCCUGCUCGCCGUCUGGGUGAUCUGUUUCUUCUGCAUCUGGAAAGGAGUGAAAUCCACCGGCAAAGUGGUGUAUUUCACAGCUACCUUUCCAUUUCUCAUGCUCAUUGUAUUGUUGGUGCGUGGGGUCACCCUGCCUGGUGCUGCUGAGGGCAUCAAGUUCUACCUGUACCCUGAUCUGAGCCGUCUCCAGGACCCCGAGGUGUGGAUUGAUGCAGGAACUCAGAUCUUCUUCUCUUAUGCUAUUUGUCUUGGUGCAAUGACUUCACUGGGGAGCUACAAUAAGUACAAAUAUAACUGCUACAGGGACUGCUUGCUGCUGGGAGGCCUAAACAGUGGGACCAGCUUCGUGUCUGGCUUUGCCAUCUUCUCUGUGUUGGGGUUCAUGGCACAGGAGCAAGGUGUGGCCAUUGCUGACGUAGCUGAGUCAGGUCCUGGACUAGCCUUCAUCGCAUACCCAAAGGCUGUCACUAUGAUGCCGCUGCCCACUUUUUGGGCUGUACUUUUCUUCAUCAUGCUUCUGCUGCUGGGCCUAGACAGUCAGUUUGUAGAAGUGGAGGGUCAGAUCACCUCGCUGGUGGACCUGUACCCAUCCCUCCUAAGGAAGGGAUACCGGAGAGAGAUCUUCAUCGCUGCCAUCUGUGUCAUCAGCUACCUGGUGGGACUCACCAUGGUCACUCAAGGUGGCAUGUAUGUAUUCCAGUUGUUUGAUUACUAUGCAGCCAGCGGUGUGUGCCUUCUCUGGGUUGCAUUCUUUGAAUGUGUGGCAGUAGCCUGGGUCUAUGGCGCUGAUAAUUUCUAUGAUGCUAUUGAGGACAUGAUCGGCUACAGACCAAAUGGUUGGAUGAAAUGGAGCUGGAUGCUGAUUACACCUGUAUUGUGUGUGGGCUGUUUUGUCUUCUCAUUGGUGAAAUACAAGCCCCUCACUUAUAACAAGGUAUAUGAGUAUCCUGAUUGGUCAAUUGGAGUGGGUUGGUCUCUGGCACUGGCUUCCAUGAUCUGCAUCCCCAUGGUGGUCGUUGUCAAAAUUAUCCAAUCAGACGGCUCACUGAUAGAGCGGAUCAAGGCUGUGGCAGCCCCAGUAAAGGGAGGGGCCAGCUCUCGGCCUAAAGAGUACAGCCUGAAAAACAGCGAACUGCUCCACCCACUUGACCCCAAUGGCACCUUCUCCCUCACCAAACCAACUCACACCAUCGUAGAAACUACAAUGUGAGACUCUCUGUGAGAGGUUCCCACCCCUUCAUGCCUUUCACGCCCCACCUCCCUUCCUCUGUCCUCCCUCCACUUUAGCUACAAUGCCCCAUCCUUUCUCUGCACUAGUAGAUCCUAGUUGUAAAGGACGUAUAAAAAAAACUUAUUAACAUCUUUCAUUCUUGCUGUUUAGGACUUUUAUUAUCACUAUUAUUGUGGUUUGAUUAUUACUGUUAUUAGGAUAUUUUAUCACUGUAAUCAUUGAUAUUACUAAUAUUUGUUCAAUCUGAAGUAAUUUUUGCCAUCAGAGAUGCCUUGUCUGCACAAGCAAAAAGAGAGAGAGAGAGAGAGAGAGAGAGAGAGACAGACAGAGAGAGACAGACAGGUGUCAUUUAGAAGCACUUGAAGCUGAGCCUUGUUUUAAAAAAAAAUAACAAAAACAGCAGUGAACUAAAUGUGUGACUUUUUAAAGUAGUUUCAAAUAAGCAGGUGUGUAAGUGACUGUGAUGGUACCCUUGUCGUACAAUGAGCUUUCCUGUACAUUGUUAAUUCGUUCUGAAUCUGAAUGUACCUCCGCUUUGGGCGGACGCUGUGCACUGCUUUCACACGCACACGAUAUACCCACAUACACACAGACACAAUUGUACACGAUAUACACACAUAUAUAAAUAUCACAUGCACACACAUACAAACAGCGAUAUACACAAUGCUAAGAGAGAGACAAGUCAGUGUGCACUCAUUUUCUCAGUACUGUGCCCUUUUUAAACUCUACUGAUCAAUGCCAGAUGAGAUGUGCGCGCACACACACACACACACACACACACAUAUACAGUACAUAUAUAGCCAUUGAGUUAUUCUAAUGAUGUAGGCAGCUGCGCUUUUAUAUGCUAUGUAUUAUUAGCAUCUCUUCUCAUUGAAAGAGAAGAGGUUAAAUCUUUUUUUAUUUAAAAAAUAAGACAUGAUUGCCUGACCAUCAUACUGCCAAGGGUAUGUUAGUGCAGAGUCCAUCUAUACAUCCAUUAUUCCAGAGGUUCUCAGUCCAGUUCUUGGGAAUGCCCAGCCAGUCCAGGUUUUUGAUCUGUCCAGAUCCUCAUACACAUGAACCAGAUAAUCAAAGGCUGUAGACCUCUUGAUUGCCUAGCUAAGGUAUGAUGUGAGCUGGAACAGACUAAAGACAUUGAUCAGGGACUGGACUGAAAACCUAUUUUUCACUCAUGCUGAGCAGUUUUAAUGUGAUUUCUGCAUGAUAAGUCACUAUUUUUCUUUCAUCCACUUCCAGUCCUGAACCUUACCCUCAACUGUGACAAACCUUUGAUUACCCAUAAUCCCUUACUCUAUAUAUUCGGUAUUCUUAGACCCUGGUAUUAUCAUAAGGAUUACUUAAUUGGAGACAACAAAGCACAUUUGUAAGUCACUCUGGUUCUGCUAAUGUGACUGCCAAAACUGUUAAAUAUAAAUCCUUGUCUCUUUUCCAUCAUAUCAUGCUACAUAUCAAUAUUAGCAUUCAAGCCCUAAUAGUAAAUUAUCUUUACCUAGUGAUCUGCAUCAUAAACUAACCAUCACAUGUACUACCUUCACUUAGCUGUGGCCUAGUCUUACAGAGGGUACUGUAUCCACUUUCAAACAAGAAUUUGCUCAUUAGUAUUUUAAUUUGUCUCAAAUCACACUUCUUUUUAAAUGAACCAUUUUGUACUGUAAGUGACGUGAGCUGUCAACAAUUUGCCUAUACGUUUCUGAAAGCAUUCAGAAGUUUAUAUCUAAAUGUUGGUUAGCAUCAGCCUAAAUGCAAUUUGCCGUGUGCAAUAUUUGUAAACAAGUGGCUUUGUCCAUUUUUUUUAUUAUAAUUUCAGCUUAAGAUGUAAUAACACACAACAGUGAUAUUCCAAAAGACAAACUUUCCAUACACUGAUAAAAUGUAUGGUAACUGAAUUUGAUUUAAGAAACCAGAAAAUCUUGUGUAACCAAAGUAGUUUUGUUACAAACUCAGUCCUUUUGAGAUGCAUAUUGCAUCAUUUAGAUCCAAAAUAAAAAAUGUUUUCCUCUUG